AUGUCUGCUGCCCAGUACCUACAGUCCGGCUUCAGCUCGGAUGGGCUGCUCAGGAGCCCUACCCUGGCCUUUUCCGUGUUGCGACUUGGUUCCGUUCUGCUUGCAUUGUUGGUUCUAUACUAUGCACUCGUCAUCGUGUACAGGAUCUCAUUCCAUCCUCUUGCCAAAGUGCCCGGGCCCAAGCUGUACGCCGCUUCCUGGUUCCCCUUUCUCUACCAGACCAACAUCGAGGCCUCGGCGCCCAAGAAAAUUGCGGCCAUGCACCGCCAGUACGGCCCGGUCGUGCGCGUGAGCCCCAACCAGAUCGCCGUCGACGGCUCCAUCGGGUGGCCCGACGUCUUCUCGCACGCGACGAGCAAGAAGCCGGAGUUCGGCAAGCCCUUUGAGCAGUACUUCCCCGGGGACGCGACCAGCCUCAUCGGCGCGCCCAAGGACCGCCACCGCCGCAUCCGGCGCCAGCUCGCGCAUGCCUUCAGCGCGAGCGCCCUCACCGCGCAGGAGGCCACGGUGACGCGCUACGUCGACAUGCUGAUGGAACGCUUCCGCACGCUCGAGAGCGCCGGCCGCCCGUUUGACGUGAUCCCGUGGCUCAACUUUGCCACGUUUGACAUCAUCGGCGACCUGGCCUUUAGCGACUCCUUUGGCAGCCUCGCCGGCAGCGCCUACAACCCCUGGGUGCUGUCCAUCUUCCAGGGCAUCCGCGGCAACGCCCUGCGCCGCUUCUUCCGCCACUAUCCCAGCAUCGGCUUCCUAGCCCGUCGGAUGGGCUGGGCUGAUGACUACUAUGUCGGCGAGCGGGUCAGGCACACGGCGAGGGACAAGUCGGCGGAGCGCAUGCGGCUCGGCGAGGACGGGCCUGCGGGCAGACACGACUUCAUGACGUAUAUGUUGCGCAAGAACAAGGACGGGGAGACGGCCAUGGAUGAGGAGGAAAUUCUGUCCACGUCCCCCAUCCUGGUCAUUGCAGGGAGCGAGACGACGGCGACGGCACUGUCGGGGUUCUUCUUCUUGCUGUCUCAGAACCCGGCGAAGCGCCAUCUUGUUGUCGAGGGAGUCUUGACUGCCUACCCAGACGAGUCCGAAAUCAACAUGCGCAACACUGCCCAGUUAGAAUAUCUUCAUGCGACACUGGAAGAAACCCUUCGUCUCUACCCACCAGUUACGGUAACACCGCCGCGAGUGUCCCCUGGUGCCGAGCUUGGUGGAUAUUACAUUCCCAAAGAUACUUUGAUUUCGGUGCAUCAGUGGGCAACAUUCCGCAAUCCCGACAACUUUCUGCUGCCUGAUCAAUUUCUGCCAGAACGCUGGCUGCCCGCAUCGCAUCCAAAGUACGAUGGCCGGUUUGCAAAUGAUAACAAGUCUGUCUUCAAGCCAUUCAGUCAUGGCCCGCGCGACUGCAUCGGGAAGAAUCUGGCGUAUGCUGAAAUGCGCCUGUUCGCGGCGCGUAUCCUGCGCGCCUUUGAUGUCCGUAUUGAAGGUCAGGAAGACUGGCAGGACAAACAACGCAUGUUUGGCCUAUGGGAAAAGGUUCCACUGAACGUGCAGAUGAAGUCGCGCUCAAGUUGCAUUUGA